ACCAUUUCUUUGUGGGAGGAUUGAUCAGUUAAUACUGUGUGGUGGAGCCUGAAGGGCAACUCAGGCAGCCUGGGUGAGAGGCGCCAGCUGAUUUCCGAUACUCCUGUUGUUGCUUUCGAUUUUGGCAGAACAACGGUGAGACAGGGAUCGUGCUGAGAUGCAAACCUUCAAAAACAAUGAUGAUGGUAGUUCAUCUCAAGGAAGAAAGAAGGUUUGGAGUUCUUUCCGAGGUAAUUUUGGCAAGAGGGACCCUCAUUAUGAACAUGGUGGAUAUGAGCCGCAACCUUCACACCUCCAGGAGGAUGAUGAAACUGUGUCAAUGGGGAAUGUCCAGGAGGACCCCCAAGUAAGACACACUCCCUAUAGCACCCGAUGCAACAAGAGGAGAGUGAAACGGCAUAAUGAAGGCCAUAUCCAUAUUACUGUGUGGAAAGGUAGAAAAACUCUGAAGAAAGAAGUGGGGGAGAACACACAAGAUGGAACCUCAGGGAGCUGGUUCAAGAUCACUAUUCCCUAUGGGAGAAAGUACGACAAGGCAUGGCUAAUGAAUUCAAUCCAGAGUCACUGCAGUGUCCCCUUCAUUCCAGUGGAUUUUCACUAUGUGAAAAACCAAGCUCGAUUCUUUGUCCAGGAUGUUGGCACUGCCUCUGCAUUGAAGGAUAUCAGCUACAGGAUUUGUGACGAUGAGAACCGAAAGAUAUCUAUCUUUGUCAAUCCCUCUACCGUACCCUACUCUGUGAGGUACAAGUUGGAGCCAGAAGAAAUGGAGCAGCUAAAGCUGACCAUGAACAAACGCUAUGAUGUCUCCCAGCAAGCUCUUGAUCUCCAGAGUCUCCGUUUUGACCCAGACUUGGUGGGCCAUGAUAUAGAUAUAAUCCUGAACCGAAGAAACUGCAUGGCUGCCACCCUGCAGAUCAUUGAAGAGAAUUUCCCUGAGCUGUUGUCCUUGAACUUGAGCAACAACAAACUGUAUGGGCUGGAUGGCCUGUCUGACAUUAUAGAGAUGGCCCCCACAAUCAAGGUCUUGAACCUCUCCAAAAAUGAGUUUCCUCCCCAUAUUUCUCAGCUGAACUUGGUGUGGGAGUUAAGCAAGAUGAAAGGGCUGAAGCUUGAAGAGCUUUGGCUAGAAGGGAACCCCUUGUGUGACACCUUUCCAGACCAGCCCACCUACAUAAGUGCCAUCAGGGAUUGUUUUCCCAAGCUGUUACGCCUGCAUCCAGGACCACCUCUGUGGUCUCCACUACUGACUUCUUCCCUUCUCCAGGAUGGCCAGGAGUUACCACCACCAGUUAUCAUUGAUGCUGACACACCCUGCUUGAUAAAGCCCUGCAAGGAAAGUUACAAAGGAUCUGAGACACUGAAGAGUCUAGUCUUGCAAUUCCUGCAGCAGUACUACUUGAUCUACGACUCUGGAGACCGUCAGGGUCUCCUCGGUGCCUACCAUGAUGAGGCCUGCUUCUCCCUGGCCAUUUCUUUCAACCCUGAGGACCCAGCCCCAAGCAGCUUGUGUGAGUACUCCAAGGAAAGCAGGAAUAUGAAGAAGCUCAAGGACCUCUCCCAGUGUGUUCAGCUGCUGAAGCAUACAAACUGUGACAUCGUGUGCUCCCUCUGUGUGCUGCCCAAAACGCAGCACGACCUCAGCUCCCUCGUGGUGGACAUGUGGUUCCAGACGGAGAAGAUGCUCUGCUUCUCUGUCAAUGGGGUGUUCAAGGAAGUGGAAGGAAAGUUUCAGGGUUCUGUUCGUGCCUUCACCCGGACCUUCAUCGUUACCCCUGCCAGCAAUUCCAGUAUUGUGGAAAGCCAACAGGUAGAUCCAAGGAGCAGUCUAGUCUGGUGGUUAGAGGACUGGGUUCUCUUCUUGACCAUAGCACUCACUAGUCUAUGCAUUGUGAAUGAUGAGCUGUUCGUGAGAGAUGCCACCCCUGGUGAGACUCAGAGUGCAUUCUCCAACCAAGAGACCUUCAGCUCCAUGCCUACCCUCUCCCAGGAGCAGCAGGAAAUGGUCCAUGCUUUCUCCACUCAGUCUGGGAUGAAACUUGAGUGGUCUCAGAAGUGCCUUCAGGACAAUGAGUGGAACUACACCAGAGCUGGUCAGGUCUUCACUGUGCUCCAGAAGGAAAGCAAGAUCCCAGAGGAGGCCUUCAAACAAAUCACCUAAAAGAAGCCUUGGAUGUCCACAUCAUCAUUGUUCCUCUUUUCUCCGGCCUAUGCCCAUGCCCAUGACUGGGAAAAGAGGCCUGGCUGACCAAGAAGCCAAAGUUAUAUUCCAGGCCAGGUGACAUACCACCGGGAGGAUCAGUUGUUCCGUGUAUUUUCCCCACUCAUGAUUGCUGUUUAGUUUCAUAAUAAAGAAUGAUGCUGCACGUCGUA